UACCUUUCUAACUUUUUAUCCUUCAACACACUCCAAGUUGACGAUUCAAACACCCUCGUGGAGAGAAAGCGACUUCAGUUACGAGAAAGCGAAAGAUCAUCAUAAAGUCCAGUUUACAUCGGAGAUUUCUGAGUUCAUCAUCAACCAUCAAGACAAUCAUCAAAGUCAUCAGAACUUCCAUCAACAUCAAUUGGAUAUUCAGCUUCGGCUCGCCUCGCCUCGCCUCGCUGCUCCCGAGCGCCUAGGCGCGCGCCUGAGCACCGUUUUUACAAAAAAAAACCCAUUUUUGCGCCUAAGCUACUACCAGGUGCUAUAGGCGCGCCUCGCUGCGCCCGAGCGCGCGCCUUUUGACAACUAUGUUUAGAGUAGGCAUGUUCAUAUCAAAAAGAAAACAUGAACCGGCACACUAUAUGCUCAAGAUCGAGUCGUUUUCCAUUCUUUCGGAAGCUAAAACUUCUAAGAUCGAAUCAGACGUUUUUGAAGCCAACGGUUAUAAAUGGAGACUAGAUUUGUACCCAAAUGGAAACGAUGAGGAAAACGGGGCAGGCCACAUUUCUUUAUAUGUGGUAAUAUGUGACACCGAGACUUGCUCAAAAGGAUGGGAGAUAUCUGUUGAUGUUUGUUUUUUUGUGUAUGAUCAUAUACAUCACAACUAUGUAACCUUUCAAGAUGUAAAUGGGCAUAGGACAAGGUUCCAUGAGAAGAAGAUGACAUGGGGUUUUGACAAAUUAAUACCGUUGGAGUCUUUUGUGGAGAGUAAAAAUGGAUACCUUUUGAAUGAUUCAUGUGUGUUUGGAGUUGAGGUUAUUGCAGUUCCAGAGUUUACGCAAGUAGAUCGGUGCCUGUUGAUGACAAGGCCUCCAGCAAUUAUGAAUACUUACACAUGGACCAUCAAUAAGUUUUCAACGGUGACAGAGGAUGUUUUGUAUUCAGAGGUCUUCAAAGUUGGAAAAGUCAAGUGGAAACUAAAAAUCUAUCCCAAAGGAUACGGAUUAUGUAUAGGUACACAUUUGUCAUUCUUUUUAGGUGUACAUGAUACUGCUUCCUUUCCUGAUGGUUGGAAAGUUUAUGCGAAAUUCAAGUUGCGGCUUAAAAAACAUGGUCUUAAAAGUGAUAUAGAGGAAGAAACUGAUAAUUGGUUCUGCAACUCUGCUGAUGACUGGGGUUUCAGUGGUUUUAUUCUUUUGAGUGAACUAAAUGACUCAGAAAAUGGCUUCUUGUUGAAUGAUAAUCUUACGGUUGAAGCUGAGAUUUCGGUGAUGGGGACGCUCAGAUAUUUCUUUUGAAAUAUGGUGUUUUUGGUAUGUUUUGCUAGCUAUUCUAGAGUUGAUGUUAGAAUAGUAGACUGCAUUUCAACAAGAGAUGAAAAAAUGGGUACUUGAAAAAUUCUCUCACAAGUCUACUGUACAAGUAUAUUUUGUAUUAUUGUGAUUAAUUAGGUUUAUGGUAUUAA